AUGGCCGAGGAGAGACAUCUCUACACUGUACUCUCUAACUUGAAAUCUAGUCGAGAGGAAACCAAGGGAGCACUUCAAGCCACCACAGUAUCACUUAUCCAUGAUCACAAUAAAGGAAGAAUCACAGACAUACUCCAGUCAGGUCUCCUCCAUUCACUCGUUGGUCUCAUUCGUUGCACUACUGAUGCUGAUAUCCUGUAUAUAGCCCUUCAACUGCUCUCAGUAUUGACUCAUGGUUCUGAUGAGAUGAGACUGGAAAUAGCUAGAAUGAAGAUAGUAUCUGUACUGCUACCAUUACUGACACCACCACAGGAAAAGGUACAGUACAAUGUACAUUACCUUCUAGGAUGGCAUGCAGUGAGGGGAGCCAGAGCAUCCAAGAUGAAAGUCUGGAGAUACAUUGUUAAUGUAUUGGAAGAUGCCAAGUUAUAUUCCGAAUACGCUAACAAGACUGAGAUUGAUGAGAGUGACGUUAGACUAGCAAUACAGAACAGACUAGACCACUCCUUCACUGCCCCGCCCCCUAGAGAGUUGCUUGUCAGAAGAAUGCGACGCCACUCCCAGUUAUUCUGGAGAAGUUCGGGCCACGUCUUCCCCCAGAGCGAUAUUGUUUGA